UUUUUGUCACAAGGAUUAAACCUAAAAUUGGGUUUCUCAUUGUUUAAUCUAUAGGUUACACAUAGUUGUACGUGUGGCUUGAAAUUGGUGAAAGAAAAAGAAAAAAACACAAGGUGAUACGGAAUGAGCAAGGACAGGAUAUAGCAGCUAUGGCUUCUAAAGGGAAUGGGUAUUUUCCAGCGGUGGUUGUGGAGGCUUACAGCAUUAGGAAAGCUCUUAGCUGGGUGGUAGAGUUGGGUCUCCGAGGGGUUGAAGUGGAGAGUGAUGCAGCAUGUGUGGUGAGUGCCGAGGGGAAUAGUGUGGUCCAUGAGUUGGCAAAAAGAGCCUUAACAAAUGAGGAUGAUGAGUAUUGGGCGGAAGAGUUGUCUAGUAAUAUUAUGCAAUGUGUAGCUGAGGAUCUGAGAAAGCUUUCGUUAUCUGUAUGAUGUUAUUCAUCAAGUGAAAUAAAAUAUGAACAUAUUU